CACACUGGAGAGACAGGUCACAAUGCGGUUACCGGUUAUACUGGGGAGACCAGAGCGCUGAGCUGGGCGAUUGCACUGGGACACACAAGCAGCAGCUCGCAGGACGGGAACCUCACCCUGUCCACUCCGGACAGCGGUCAAGCCAGAGGACCCCACACCCACAGGAACACGAGCCACAGCUGAGCCCUGCGCUCUGUGAUCGCCUUGUCAUUUCGAAAUAAACACCUUGAAAAUAAAAGCCAUUUGCAUGGGUUUUUUUUGCCACAUCUCGUCUUGUAGCAACAGCCCCAGGACAUGCAGCUUGUUCCCCACCCCCACCCCCCUCCGUGUACAGAAGAGCGAAGAAGCCGGACCCGAACCGAACUCCGCGGCGCGAACUUUACUUUUCAGACUUUCAUUUCUCGGCCCAAAUGUUUCAUUUUUUUUGUUACCGAUCUCUAAAAGCUUUCGGGUUUUUACCACGCCCCUCUCCCCAGUGCCGGAUUUCGCCACACCGGACGCCGGGCUCGGCUGAGUUCCGGUUUCGUGCUGAGUGAGCGAGGCCACGUCACGCACCGCCAUCAGAGCCCAGCUGUUCAGAGCAGAGAGAAGAAAAACAAAAUAAUCUGAACCCCCCUCGCUGCCCGAACCUUUCGCCUCGGGUGUCCCGGCGCACGAUGAGACGCUGGUUCCGGGUCCUGGUUCCGGCGCUGCUGCUGUGCGGGGCCCAGCUGGUCCCAGCCGUUGUCCGCUCGCUGUACUACUACGGCUGUGGGAGGCCUGGCGGUCUGGAGCAGCCGGACGUCACUGUGGUGGGGAGGCUGGAUGGGGAGGAGUUCAGUUACUAUGACAGCACUCAGAGGAACGUGACCCCCAGGCAGGGCUGGGUGAGGCAGCUGGAGGACCCGGAGGGCUGGAAAACGAACACGCGUGUGCUGGAAGCUUUCCUGCAGAUCUACCGAACAGCAGUGAGGGAGAGACAAGCUCCAGGCUCUCACACUGUGCUGCUGCUCUGCGGCUGUGAGCUGGAGGAGGAUGGUGGGGGCACCAGUAGAGGGCGCUGUGCUUUGGGCCACGAGGGGAAGGUGUAUCUCCGACUGGACACCCGAACCAGGACCUGGACCCAGGUCAGCCGCGCCCCUGGCGCUGAGCAGGGCUGGGAGCCUGAUCGCUCCUUCAAUCGGACCGUGCUGACCUUCCUGGAGCAGUACUGCUCCCAGUGGCUCAAGAUCUUCAUCAAACACACGAGGAAGACUCUGUGCAGAGCCCCGGCCCCCGAGGCCCCGGGGCUCCAGAGGGGCCGGGAGCCGAACUCUCCCGUGACCUGCAGCGUGGUCAGCCUCUUCCCCGGGGACGUGGCUGUGUCCUGGCAGAGGGACGGACAGGAGCUGACCGAGGGGGUGGACCCUGCGGUGGUGCUGCCCAACGGAGACGGGAGCUUCCAGGUCAGGAGGAGUCUGAGAGUGAGCGAGGAGGAGCUGGAGAGACACAGCUUCACCUGCUUUGUGAAUGGCACCAGCCUGGGAGAGGAGCUCGUCAUCCCCUGGAGUAAGAGAGAGAAGGAGUCAGGACCCGGGCUUAACACAGGACAGCCACUUCAUUCUAUAGAGCCCUCCUCGCAAAACGUUUGGAUGGCGGAUAAGAAUACGAUUUUCGUGAUAUGCACGACGGCCUUCUACGUUCUGAUAGCAGCCCUUGUAAUCUGCUGUGUGACAUGUGAAUCCGGGUUCUUCAAGAAGAGCACCAGGCACCAGCCUUCAGCAGCCCAGCGGGAAGGACACACCGGGGACUAGAACCCCUGCAGAACAGCAGGAAUUCUGUGAUGGAGGUCCAGGCUGGGUGGCAGGAGAGGAGCCAGCCUCGGAAGAGGCUUAUCUCGUAUCCCGACUCCGGUGUAGCGGGCGAGACCCGGAGAGAAACGGAAAAGUCCUUCGGGAGGGGACAGACUCCGGUCCCCAGGGGAGGAUCUGUGCCUCAGUGCUGAUCGAUCGGGACACUGCAGGCGGGUUUCGGGGUCGCUGUGCAGGGAAACAUCCCCCCCUGGGCUGUUUCUCACCAGAGAGACUGGUUAUACUGGGGAGGCCGCCGAGCUGUGCCUGGCAGACAGGACCAGUCACUGUACAUAAAACGUAAAAUUAAAAAUGUCACGAGGAAACGUA